AUGGAUAUAGAUUCUCUCAAUGAUGGCCCACGGGCUCCCAACCAUAUCCCACGAACACACGACUGGGACUGGGCAACUUUGCGCCAACAUCCCCUACGAGAUUUUGAAACUGUGAGGACUUCUCUUGAAUUGACUAUGAGUCAUUUUAAGGACUUUCAGGAUAUCUUGUACGGCAAGAAAUGUUUCGUGCUCCAAAACCCCGAAAACGAGAACAUGACUUGGGGCAGCGUGGCAAACGAUUUCAUAAGCCAAAAACUUCAGCGAAAAGGCCCUCGUAUGAUGGGGCAAAACGAAGACUUCCAAGACUCUGCCUGUCUUGAUUGGAUAAAAACAGUCCAGGGCCUGAAAGCCGGCUUGUUCAAGUCCUAUGAAAGUAAUGAGGGAGGCAUUGUAUACCGAGGCGAUUUGAAAGGCCGCCAGGUUGAGAUCACAGUGACGGAAAUGGCACUCUUGAAUACCUUUUCUAUGGAGAAUUCCAAUGUCCCCUCCAUCAGAGACCAGCGGAUGGAGCUGGAGAUCAGGCGAACAUUCUUAGAGUCAUCUCACGAAUUGGCUCGCCAAGUUAAAGACAGCUACACCAUGAUUCUUGACUUCAACACGACCAUGGAACAAAGCUGCAAGGACCUUGAACUUGACAUACAAGUGGGAACCGAAAUACCCAAAGACAACCCAUCGUCGAAUCCACAUCUGGAAAGGCAUCAUGAAGGCUUGGCGCCUAACGGCGAGAUAAUUGAUCUGACACAAGAAGGCUGCCAGUCCCUGAUAAAUGAGACACAGCUCAUCCAACUCAACGAUGUCAUUGCCACAACCCUUGCGCAAACAAGUGCAGAGAGUCUUCAGCCCUCAGAAGCAGAUAUGGAACAUAGCCUUCCAUCAACCGCGUCUCAUUCCGUGACUAAAGAUGAAAUCCCCACAAUUUCACGUCCGCCUAGUGAAGUUGAACCUAAAUCCUUCUACCCCGAGGUCGCAGAGGUCAUCCACACCAACUUCAACGAGAGACAAACCAAUAAAGAGGAAUGA